AUGGCGUCUUGGCUACCAAUCCCAUCAAAGAGCCACUUCUCACUUGCCAAUAUCCCCUUCGGUAUCAUCUCAACAUCACACGAGUCAACUCAUCGCCCAGCUAUAGCUAUUGGGGACCAUGUUCUCGAUCUAUCCGCAUUCGCUCAACACGAUGGUUUCUCCAAACUAUAUGAUUUUCCCUCCGACAAGCUAAGCGUGUUCUCUCAAACCACGCUCAAUGACUUUGCUAGUCUUGGAAGACCAGUCCAUCGCGCUACUCGAGCCUAUCUGCAAGAUAUCUUCCGUCAAGAAACUCCUUACCCAGAGCUUCUCAAAGACAAUGAAAGUUUACGCAACAAGGCCUUGAUUCCACUUGCGGAUAUCCAGUCACAUCUCCCGCUUAGUAUUGGUGAUUACACCGAUUUCUUCGCCGGUCGUAAUCAUGCCCAUACGGUCGGGACAUUAUUCCGCGGCGCUGCAAAUGCCCUUCAGCCAAACUACAACCAUCUCCCAGUCGCGUAUCACAGCCGGGCCAGUUCUGUCGUCGUAUCCGGCACAUCCCUCCGUCGGCCUUGGGGCCAGGUCCUCCCUAAUCCUCAAGCCAAGGAGCCUGUGUUCCAGCCCUGUGGUCGAUUGGACAUUGAACUGGAGCUCGGCAUGUUUAUCUGCAAGGGGAAUGAACUUGGUUCUCCAGUUCCUGUUACUAGCGCAGAGGAGCAUAUCUUUGGGUAUGUGCUUAUGAAUGAUUGGAGUGCGCGGGAUAUUCAGCAGUGGGAAUAUGUACCGCUGGGGCCUUUCAAUGCGAAGAACUUUGGGACUACCAUUAGUCCGUGGGUGGUUCUAGCUGAUGCACUUGAGGGUUUCCGAACACGGGGCUUGGUCAAUGAUGUGCCUCCAAAGGCGUACCUUGAUGAGCAGCGAAAGGAUCCGAUUUUGGAUAUCAACCUUGAGGUAUCACUCACGACCGCUAAGGGUGAUACCACGAAAAUAACAAAGACAAGUUCCGAGAACCUCCUCUGGUCAUGGCCACAAAUGAUAGCCCACCACUCUAUCUCGGGUUGCAACCUACGCACUGGAGAUCUUCUAGGAUCGGGAACCAUCUCCGGUCUAGAGGCAGGGACACAGGGUAGUCUCUUGGAACAGACUCUGGGUGGCAAGCAAGUUGUGCAGUUGGAAGGCGGAGAAGAGCGCAAGUUCAUACAAGAUGGCGAUACUAUUACGAUCACGGGAUGGUCUAGGUCUGCUGACGAUGGUAUUGUCGGGUUUGGAGAGUGUGCUGGUACUAUCCUGGCUGCUGUUUCGCGUGAUUAA